UUCCAAACUCAUUUUCCCCAUACUAAACCCUAGAUUAUAUUUCUUUAGACACACUUGCCGUGCCCCAAAACCCUCUCGGAAGGAGCAUUGCUGCUACAGAAACAGAAGGAAUACGAAAGAAAACACUACGAAAUUGCCAAGUAAUCACAAUGAGUCGGAGUUUGGGGAUUCCGGUGAAGCUACUCCACGAAGCAUCGGGACAUGUGGUGACUGUGGAGCUGAAGAGCGGUGAACUUUACAGAGGCAGCAUGGUGGAGUGCGAGGAUAACUGGAAUUGCCAGCUUGAAAACAUCACUUACACUGCUAAGGACGGGAAGGUCUCACAACUCGAGCAUGUUUUCAUUCGCGGCAGCAAAGUCAGAUUCAUGGUAAUACCAGAUAUGCUAAAAAAUGCUCCAAUGUUCAAGCGUUUGGAAGCUAGAAUCAAGGGCAAGGGUACUGCACUUGGAGUUGGACGGGGACGUGCUGUUGCCAUGCGAGCUAGGGCUCAGGCUGCUGGUCGUGGUGCUGCGCCUGGCAGGGGUGCUGUUCCACCAGUGAGGAGGUGAUCACUUCCCUGAUUUGGUGUCUCACUUCGAAGUGUCGUCGUGCACAAGUGAUAAUCCUUGUUUCCUAUGAUAAAAUUGUCAGUGGUGUACAAUGAAUUAACCUUCUUCCAACGAUUACUUAAGAUGGUUUUCAAUUGGCUGUAAUCGCAACUUGUACCAACUCUUUAGAAGUGACUUAAAUUUGUGGGAGCUCUUAAUAUCCUCAUUUUUAUCUACCUUGUGACUUUUUGGAGGUAAAUAAAUAUAUCAACUAUACAUUGCGUGUUUA